GUAGGAGAGAUUUGAGGAGAAACUGCGCUGAUGCGGUCCUUUUGGGUUCAAUGCCCUCGAAAUCCUUACCUUUGUCAAACACAAACUGUUUUUCCCCCUUUUUGCCCUAAUCGUCUUCUUCUUUCAGCUUUGUACAUCAAGCCCUAAUUUAUUCUUCAAUUCUCAAGCAUUUUACCCAAUUUCUGACAUCUUUGCUCUUCAAUUUUGAAAAAAUUCCUUCAACUUUACCUAAAUUUGCUUCCCCUGGUUUAUUCUCUCUCUAAACCACGAAGAGAGAGAGAGAGAGAGAGAUUUAUAUUGUGUGAUGAUGGUUUUUGAUUUUGAGCUUGUUAUUUAUCUUCAUCAAAUUCUAUAUCAAGAAACGAAUUUUCUCGAUGACAAUUUCUAUUGAAUGCAACCCAAUAUGAUCUCUAAUGUGUCUCCUAACUAAACAAUCAUAACCCUUGUUUUUUGCUCGGUGCGAUCCCCCCAUUAUGUCUGACGAACCAUCCUCAUCGCCGAUCCAUUGCGACGGCGAAAUCAAGGACAGCAAUAAAACUGCUGCAAACAAUAAUAAUGGAAGCAGUGCUGUAGUGAGGAGAGAGAGACCGUCGCGGGCAUGUACUGCUCGCUCUGCGGCACGGCUCUACGCAGCUGCCGCUGCGGAAGCGGCGGUUGUGACCGAUGGACGGAAGCAGAAGUCUAGACGGCGGCCUUCUCGGAGAGAAAUUGAGGAGGAAGAAGAAGAGGAGCCACCGCCCUCUCCGCCCAACCCGUACAGCAAGAUCGUAACACCUUUGGUGCGAGAGCCUCCGCUGUCACAGUUGUCGCGGUGGAGUGUUAGGUCUAUGUGGGAGCUGGCAUCAAUUCUCAAUUUCUUAAAUGUUUUUAGGCCUCUUUUGAAUAUUAAAGUGGAUUUCUCUGUGGAGGAGUUCGAAACAGCUCUAAUUACACCGAAUGCUACUUUGAGUGACAUACAUAUUCCUUUGCUGAAGGUCAGUAUGGCAAUACCUCCUGUUACUCGGAUGGCAUUAGGAAAAAACACAUGGGUUACUGUUUUAUGCAGAAAGCUAAGAGAUUGGUGGCACUGGGUUGCAGAGGGGGAAUUACCUAUUGUUGCAUCACAUGGGGCGGAAAUCGAAACAUAUAACACACUUGAUCCUGGUGUUCGUGUGGUGAUAUUGAAAGCCUUAUGUGAUAUUCGCGUUGAGCAAGAAGAUAUCAGAAGUUAUAUAGACGACUGUAUAAAACAUGGUGUUCCUCUUUCAGCGUUUCGUAAAGAGCGUACAGGUGGAGAUUCCCAAGGAGUUUCUUACUGGUACGAGGAUGAUCGUGACAUCGGACAGAGAUUAUAUCGUGAAAUUAGAACAGUGGAGGUGAAGAAAGGGAAGGGGAAAAAUGUACAGUCUGUUCCAUCUUACCAGUGGGAAACCAUUGCUACCAACUUGGAUGAGUUUCAAGACGUUUCGGAAAAGCUAUCGGCUAGUAAAAAUCGUACGGAGGCUUCACUUGGGAAGAAAUUGAAAAAUGACAUGCUACCAGAGAUUGAGAAGGUCCAUAAGAAGAAAGAAAAGCUGCUCAAGAAACAGCAUCGACAAGCUCUUCUUCUUGAUAGUAUGAUUGUUGAUGGAUUUGGUCCUGGGCGCUCCCUUCGUGGCAGAAAACCCGUGUCCUACACUUUCGUGAACAUUGGAUUUUCUGCAGAUGAAUAUGACCGAUCAAUCAAUGAGGCUAUCAAGAUAACCAAAAGGAAGCAACUGUCCCCAGAACCGAGUGUAAGAAGAGAAGGCUUGAGACAUGAUGCUUCUGAGACAAAUGGUACAUGGGGUGGUCCUUCACAAAAUUCUCAUCAACCCUCACCAACUCCUUCUUUGCCGGAUUCACUCAAUUGUGAUGAAACCGAUGAGGACCAUGCAUCUGAACAGUUAGAUCGAAGCAACAGGAAAAGGCAGAGACCUCAAAGGUAUUCCACACACGAGUUUGUAGAAGCGGUUUCAGAUAAUGAGGCGGACAUGGAUAGUGACGACGAUAUAGUCGGUGAAGCUGUAUACGAUGAGGAAUAUCUAAAGCAACGAAAAGGACGGAGGAAGAUGUCCAGUAGCUCUGAAGGAGAUGAAGAAUAUCAUUGGGAGGAAGAAAAUGCUGAAGAGGAAGGAGAUGACUCAUUGAGUGCGAGCGAAGAUAGCGAUGUACCACAAAGAUUGAAGAAAUUGCGAGGCCAGACUAGGAGGGAAACAAAGUUACGGUCGGUCGUUGAACUCCAGUCAGGUCUACGACGCAGCAAAAGGGCAACCCGUAACCGUAUUGAUUACACACAGUACGAGUUUUCCGAGUCCGAACCCGAGUUAGCCAAGCCCGAGAAAUCAACGUAUGAGUUUUCCGAGUCUGAACCAGAAUUAGCCAAGACCGAGAAAUCGACGUAUGAGUUUUCAGAGUCUGAACCUGAAUUAGCCAAGCCCGAGAAGUCAAAUGGCUCAGAUAAAAACACAGAAGCAAGCAAUUCUCCAGGUUUUUCGAUGGGAAGUGACGACACUGAAGUCAAUAAUGAUAAUGGUAACGAUAACGAGGAGGUGAAAAUGGAGCAACCCGUUAUCAAAGAACACCAAAAGAUGGAAAAGGAAGAAGGUGACAAUGAACCAUCCUCGAAAAUAGAGAACCCUGUCCAAGAUGAAUUUGCACGAAAAAGACGGUUUCUUGAUCUAAACGAGCUCGCACCAGGUUCUGGUUUCGAAGAUGGUCCAAUUAUGAAGGAUGAAAAUACAGAUAAUGUUUAAAGCUUCAGGUUCUCUCGUUGAUUCUAGUUGUAUGAUAUAUUUAUAUAUAUCUAUAAAUAUAUUUGUUAGUUUUCACAUUCUUUGGCAAAAUUUUACCCAACCCGU